AUGUCUUAUCCCAGAAGAGGCGGUGCUUGCUAUAGAUGUGGACUUGUUGGGCAUUUUGCAGAAUCCUGCCCAGAAACUGAAAAAUUAUGUUAUAAUUGUAAACAACCAGGUCAUGAAUCUAAUGAAUGUGAUCGACCAAAAAAUGACGAGGAGAAACAAUGUUACAAUUGUGGCGGCGAUCAAUUAUAA